CUUCUGCGCCCAGUCUGGCGAGGUCAGGACACGUCCGUGGCUUCCCCGUAGGCCGAUUGUUUUAACUAGCGAGGGACCCGCGCUCUAUGUGCCGGGUCCCUGUCCCCACGCAGGGCCUCCUUCUGUCCGGUCCGGGGCUGUUCCGACGUGAGGGCGGAGAUUCGGGGGCCUUGGGCCGCAGGAGACGCGCUCCCCAGCCCGCCGCGGCGCCCAGCCCCGGGCCCGGGGUCCUCAGCGGGGUCCUGGACGGUGCAGACCUGCCGGUUAUGCGCGGGCGAAUCCGCGCGGAAGGCCGCGCACGCCGGUUUCUGCGCCCCGGGCCGCGGCUUACCGGCCCCGGGUACCUGUGCUCCCGGGCGCGGCGUGGCGGAGGGCGGGCCGGCUGCGCCCAGCGUGCACUCCGGGAAGCCGUGCCCCUCGCGGGGGACGCGGCCCCGACCACCCCGGGGCGGGCAGGUGCGCGGUGCUCGGCCGGCGCUCCAGGUGCCCGAGUCCGUGGUUCACGGCGGGGGACCCGAGCCCGGCUGAGCCGGGCGGGGCUGGUACCGCGGACCCGAGGCCCCGCCCCCGGGGACCCCGCCCCCCAGGGCCCCUCCUGCGCAGCCCCUGCUCCCCGCCCUCGGACUCGGGCCCCGGCGGGCGGGGCCAACUGGGCAGGUUUUGUCCCCCGCCUUUCCGGGAGGGGCCGAAGGGGGCUGGGUGAUUGGUCACCGUGCCCGGGCUCGCGCGCGGGGGGCGGAGACCGGGACUGCGGGAGAGGGACGUGCGCGCCAGGCGGGGCCGGGGCGGGGCGGGCGCGCGGGGGGCGGGGAGGGGGCGGCCCUGGGCUCGCUGCGGCCCCGCCCGGCCCCGGCCACCUGCGCCCCGCCCCGCCGGCCGCGCCCGAGCCCGGGAACCUCGGAGCCGCCCUGGGCGAGUGGUUGCUAGUCCCCGGCCUCGUGCGUCUCCGGGGGUCUCAGUCCCUGCCCGCGGGAUGCGGUCGCGCUGAGAGCCGGGUCUGCGGGGUUGUUGGAGUCCCGUGCGGGACGCGGCUGCUCCUGUCGCGGGGUGAGAAGUCGGGGGCGCCGGGGGAGGGCAUGACCGACUCCACCGCCAUGCAGAACAAGGAAAUAGACUGUCUGAGUCCAGAAGCGCAGAAACUGGCGGAGGCCAGGCUUGCGGCGAAGCGUGCGGCCCGCGCCGAGGCUCGCGAGAUUCGCAUGAAGGAGUUGGAGCGGCAGCAGAAGGAGAUCUAUCAGGUUCAAAAGAAAUAUUAUGGGCUGGAUACAAAGUGGGGUGACAUCGAGCAAUGGAUGGAAGACAGCGAGCGUUACUCCCGUAGAUCCAGGAGGACUAUGUCGGCUUCCGAUGAAGACGAGCGCGUGUCAGUGAGUAGUCGUGGAAGUCUGAGGCUGCAGCCUGACUCGGAGUCUGGGGGCACCUCCGCCUGGACAAAUGGUUAUGAUGGAGAAUUAUAUGGACCACAGUCCCUGAAUAGAAGAUCUGGCAGGAAAUCCAGCUUCAGCGGAGACGGCCGAUUCUCUACCUGGUCAUCAUCAAGGGGGGAGAAGGGGCUCCCCUGCUCAGACCUCGGGCUCCCCAGUGGCGGCCUUGGUUCCAGAUCCCUGUCUGCCCAGGAUGGAAUCCGGGCGUCGGCGCUGGAUGGCAGUGGGCUCGGCGGGGCUCGCUGGAGCGGUGCGGCCGGUUCCCACGCUCCCUCGGACUGCAGCGGCCACCUCGCCUCCGGCUCCCGUGCCUCCUCCAGGGCCAGCUCGGCGCGGGCCAGCCCAGUGGUUGAAGAGAGACCAGAAAAAGAUUUCACUGAGAAGGGGUCUCGCAACAUGCCCAGCUUGUCUGCAGCCACACUUGCCUCGCUGGGGGGCACGUCCUCUCGGAGAGGCAGCGGAGACACCUCCAUCUCCAUCGACACCGAGGCAUCCAUUAGGGAAAUUAAGGAACUCAAUGAGUUAAAGGACCAGAUUCAGGAUGUAGAAGGCAAAUACAUGCAGGGAUUGAAAGAGAUGAAGGACGCCCUGGCAGAAGUUGAAGAGAAAUAUAAGAAGGCCAUGGUUUCCAAUGCUCAGCUGGACAACGAAAAGACCAACUUCAUGUACCAGGUUGACACCCUGAAGGAUGUGCUGCUGGAGCUUGAGGAGCAGCUGGCAGAAUCGAGGCGACAGUAUGAAGAGAAAAACAAAGAGUUCGAAAGGGAAAAGCAUGCACACAGCGUUCUCCAGUUCCAGUUUGCCGAAGUGAAGGAGGCUCUGAAGCAGAGAGAAGAAAUGCUGGAGGAAAUCCGACAGCUACAGCAGAAACAGGCGAGUUAUACCAGGGAGAUUUCUGAUCUUCAGGAGACAGUAGAGUGGAAAGACAAAAAGAUAGGGGCGUUAGAGAGGCAGAAAGAGUUCUUUGAUUCCGUAAGGAGUGAACGAGAUGACCUUAGAGAAGAAGUAGCCAUGCUGAAAGAGGAAUUAAAGAAACAUGGAAUAAUCCUAAAUUCAGAAAUAGCUACCAAUGGAGAGACUUCUGGCCCUCUAAACGACGUUGGAUACCAAGGUUUCACCAAGAUGACAAAAGAAGAGCUCAGCGCCCUCACGGCGACAGGGGAUGGGACGCUGGGAAGAGCCAGUGAAGUGGCGGUGAAAAGUGAAAUGGUGGAGAAUGUGGGGCAAAGAGAAAUCUUGCAGAAUACUGAGCAAGAGCCGCACAAAGAGGACACAGUAAAGGACUGUGUGGACACAGAGGUGUUACAUCCUGGUGAAAGUGCCGAGGACCAGAGCUCCUCAGAAGACAGUGCCCCGUCCCCAGGGACAUUAGCGAACGCUGGAUGUGAGGAGCAGGUUCAAGGCCACAUUCUAGAGCACCCGGCUUUCCCUAAAAACACAGAGCAGAUUCAGUCAGAUAAUGUCGUCGACUUGCCAGGUGAUAGGACAACGGCUUCCCUUGAGCAAAACAGAUGUUUGCCUGAUUUAGAGAGUGAAAUUCCAGGUCCCUUGGUUGGGCAGAGCAGUUGUAAUGACUUGGGUAUCGAAAAUGGAAGUAAAGAGUCUGCAGAAAUGCAGGAAAAAGAAAACCAAGAGGAUUUUAAAACCAAUUUGGGAGAGGUUAGUGCUAAACCAUGUCAGGGAUCUGUUCCUUUGCAGCUCUCAGAAGUUGAAAGGGUAAGCAGUGCAGGCACUGGGGGGCAACCUGGGAGCCCCACAAAUAGUGUGGUAGAGGCAGGGGGUGCUGACGUUGGGGAGCAAGUGAGCACAAGGGCCUCAAGUUCCCCAGAGCGUAGCGAUGACCCAGUGAGUUGUGGUGAGAAACAUGGGUUAGUAGAUGCCCCUCAAGAGUUGGACCCAAGCACAGCACAUAGUCUAGAGAAGGAACUCGCCACCCAGGAUGUCGCUGAGCCCAAGGAGGCCCCAAUGCAGAGGGAGAACAGUAAAGAAGAGGACGGAGAAACAGAAUUAAUGGAUGAGAGACCAAGUCAGCCCGAAGUCAAAACCAUUCCUUCUUCUCCAGCAGCCCAGAGUGACCAUCAGGAAGCAGCAAGUGCAAGGAUGUUAGAUGCUGAAAGUGGACCCCUAGAUCCGAGAGAACCUGGUGAAGGAAAGAGUAACCAGCAGGGAGAGGUGCUGGAUUCAUCACCGAAGAAGACGAAGAGCAAGAAAAAGAAAAACAAGAAGAAAAAAUCACCAGUCCCUGUGGAAACCCUUAAAGAUGUUGCUAAAGAGUUAACAUUUCAGAACACAGACUUAAGUGAAGUUAAGGAAGAAGAGCAGGAGACCUUUACUGACAAGAAGCCAGCAGAGGAAGCACAAGGUGAGGUAGCCCCAGAUCCAAACCAGGACGUUGUAACGGGAAUCAGUGAAAAUGUUAAUUGUCCAGAAAAUCCUAAAAUUGAUUUGGAUGGGAAACUUAACCAAGAAGAUGACGAUGAAGGAGCCAAGGCAGGGGAAGGAGUAGCCGAUGGAGACAUGUUAGAUUUUGAGGAUGGUGCCGCUCAACCACCAAGCCCUAGUGGUGGAGAUAAAGAAUUGGAUGAGGGUGUUAUAAAAGAUAACACCAAAGAAGAUGGUGCUGACCAGAUCUGUCCUCCAGAACCGAAGAAUGAAGAAAUACAGAGCAGCACCCUGCUCGAAAAUGAAAGUCCCCCACAAGAAAUUAAUGGUGCCCCCCAAAUAGAAAGUAACGAGAAGCGUGCGGUAUCAGAGCAUCCGGGUCAUGCAGUUGAAGAGGCUCUGGAUAGCAUUAAUCUAGAAGACGCAGACUCUCCAGCACCAGCGGGAGAAGUGGGGGACCUGGAGUUGGAAAGCAAAAACGAUGCAAGAAGUAGAAACGAGAAGGGCAGAAGCAAAGAAGACUGCACCAUGUCGUAAAGCGAGGCAGAGAGCAGAAGGGGCACAGGCUCAUACGGUGAGGUUUAGAGGGGUCAGGGGCCAAGGACUCGGCACAGUAAGUGGAAACACUUGUGUUUUUUCUCAGCUGGGGAUAUUCUUCAAAUGUUCUAACUCGAUAUAGAUGCACUGUAUGACAAUCAACCACCAAGUUACCAACAUUAUACUCUAAGUUAUAGACUGUUACCUAUAGAUUUAUAUUUAAUCAUUAAGGUUAUCACCCAGAUUAGAAAGAAAGGCACAUUUGCUGUUAAGUGUAAGUUCUAAUUGAAAGCAUUCCAGUAAUGUCAAACAAUAGCGUAUACUGUUUAUAUUCCUGCUUAAAAAUCAGAAUAAAAGUACCAAACAUUUGCCUUAGGCUGAUGUGAAUAUGGAUAUUCUUGACCAGAUAUAUCAGCAUUUAACUGAGAUGACCAAAUGGCAUUCUGAGGUUUUUUUUGUGAGUAUAAUUGAUGUUUAAUUUGUCUCAUUCAAAUAUAUGUACUUUCACAUUUGAUUUUAAUUUGUAUAUUAUAAUCUCUGUGGUAUUUAAGGGAUAUAAACGGCCAAAUAGCAUAUGUCACUGAGUGAUAAGAAUUGCACUUUAGGGCGAUAAUUACUCUUUUUAGGGAUAAGGAAUAACUGUCUUAAAGCAACUGGGAGAUCGUGUUCACCCUGACCUCAAAUAAGUAUGCCAUUUCACACCAGUACUCCUGAAUCUCAUUGUUGGUGAUACCUGAAUUUUCUUUAAUGGGAGAUUUUGACUUCCCUUCAUUCUGGUUAUGUACCAAAUUAAUUUCAUACAAAGAUUCCAAAAAACAUUUUGUUCCGGAAGAGACAUGAUGAAAUGGCAUUUCCUAUUGCAGUGUUUGUGCAAAGAGAGUUGCUUGUAAAGUUGAUUUUUUUUAACUUUAAAAUUACUUCUCUUUCUGUUCAAACAUCUAAUCAUUAUUCAAAAGAGCAAUCCAAAAGGUUACCGUUCCUGUGCAAAUUGCUAUUAGACUUUAAUAGGACUUUUUAAAUAGUUGAAUCACUUUUGGUUAUUUUGGUAUAAAUGUUUUCGUUUAUUGUUUGUCAGUGUACUGUUAUUGGAAAAUUCUUAUUUUGAUCUGCUUGAAGGAAAUAUAUAUUUUCUAUAUAAAGGAACUUUUUAAAAAAUUGUAAAAUACUAAACGUCCAGUGGAAUGUACAUUGUGAAAGUGGUUGACACCAUGAACUUACGUGAGUUGAUGUUACUGUUACAAGAUAUAAUUGGGUGCAAAGAGACCAAAACCUCAGUAAAAUUUGAGGCAAAUACAAGUGUUAUUAUGCAAUUGAAAUAAAAACAUUUUAUAAUUUUAAAAGCCUGUGAUGCCA